UGGCCUCCGCGUUAGCGCUGUGCACCUGUGUUAUCGGCGCGGGGCAGGGCCGCAGCCCGCAAUCCAUCCCAAACCGGUCGGCUUUAUAAUGCUAAUGGUGUCCUGUGUCAGUCGGCUUGCCUGUGAGGAGUCACCCUCUUGGGAAAGCUGCGCGGAGCGCCUUGGAAGGGAAUGACAGUAGUAGGAGGCAGUCCGUAAUUAUAGGCGCUUCUCUUCCAGGUGUUUGAAAGUGAUGUAGGUGCUCUGAAAAUAGGCAAGGAUUCAAAAGAUCCCUUUCUCUCUCACAUAGGCACACGCACACAUGCCAUCUCCACUUGUGAGUCUGCAUCCUUGCUAGCUGCUUGUCCAGGGAUGGACCCACAUCAACAUAUUUCUCACCCCAUUGAGAGAUGGCAACAGCUGAGCCCUGUGCUUCCCAACCUUGCCCUUUUCAUACUGAAAGAACUCCUGCUGCACAAAGGUGCAAGAUUUCCUUUUUUUUUUUUUCUCCCCCUCUUUUUUUUCAAAUUUUAUUGAAACUCCAGGGCGGUUACUUUGCAUUUGAAAAAAAGAUCAGGGAUAGCUGUGUUAAGUGCUUGGCUAACAAAGUUAUCAUAACAGUGCCUUCCCUGUGUGAGAUUCUGAGGUUGGCUGCCAGGAAGGCAUUGAGAGAUUUACUACAUAUGAAUUAUAUCAAGAAUCAUAGAGCCAGUUGCAUUUUCUGUAGUGAAAUGUGAGUUUAAUUUUGUCUGUGUAUUGGUAAGGAAUAAAUGUAACUGGAAGAUUUCAUUAAGAUUUAUCUUCCCAAAGAAAAUAGCACUGCAACUAUCAGAUGACAGAAAUAGCAGUGCUUUUUGAGGUUAUCAUCACUGUUGGUUUUUAUGAGUUUGUUACCAAACCAAAAUGGAAAACAGUCACUUGCUACAAGUUAUGGUGCUCAAGAAACUCUAUCAACAGAAGAGAUGGAUCAUAUUGCUUGUCGAGGCUGUCUUUGGGAACAGCAUAUAGGUUAGUAAAAAUCUCUGAAUUAGAAGUUAGGAUGGGACCAUAUCAUUUAUAUGUAACGCCAAUCAGUGGAGAACAUACCAGGAUUGUACCAGAAAGUGUUUCAAAAUAGCUGUGUUCCUUGGGGAGGGGAGAUUGGAUAUUUUUACAUUUUCUUUCGGAAAGUGUAGAAAAGGCUGAGCAUUCCUUGUUGGUAGAACAGCUCCUCAACUUUUCCUGUAUAUGGAAAUGUAGUGCUACUGAAUGUUGGCAUGUACUAAAGCAAGAUCGUGGAAAAAGCAAUUUGCAGUUGUGUUUUGCUUAUGUUAACACAUGGAAUCACAAAUCAUGGCUGUCCGAGGUCAAAGGUAACUCGGAUUAUGUCAACAUUUUCACGUUAGCAAAAAUUACUUAAUUAUUUUGCUUAAGACUAGGUAUAUUUAAUAGCUUCGUUUGACUGGUAGGGUAUGAUUAUGAGAAGAACCAUAGCAGUCAUGCUCGUUGAAAUUAUAAACUGGACUUAAAGCUCAUAUAGUUAAAAGUUAUAUUUGAAGUACAUUUGAAAUGUAACUGUAAGUUGUAUUUCUUUAAAAUAGCAGCGCUUGAUUUCUUAAAAAAAAAAAAAAAAAAAGAGAGAAAAGAAAAAGUCUCUCCAGUGAUUUGCAUUGGUGAAGUACCCUAUCGUCUCUGCUCCAAGAUUCAGCACUGUCAACAUAUUUGUUAAAUGAGUGGUGUGAUAGUAAUUGCUAAGCUCCGUAAGAGCGUACUCAUCUUUCAUUCACUCCCGAGUUUCUGUUGGACUGCCAUUCAUUUCCUGUUUGCUUCCAAAUUCCUACCUUCUCCUGCAGCCUCCACCCUCUGCUAACAUGGCCAUACUUGGGUAUGUUGUAAUUUCAGGCUAUAAUGGGUGUGGAUGUCUUGGAAUGACAUCACAGAGGUAUUUCUUUUUAGAUGUAUAUGUAGGGGUAAAAAGACUUUGAUUCAUCCGCCAAGGAUAAAUUGCUAUGAAAAUUAGUGGAAUGUAUGGAAGGAAUUGACAAAUCCAAGUGGUAUGUAUCAAACUAUGCAGAUCUUAAUUACUACAGGUGACUGUGAGUUUUUACGAUGUUAUCUUCCAUCCAUUUAUGCUGCCCUUGAUCGAUACAGGACAUACAACACGAUAUGUAUUUUAAAAAACUUUGUAAUUGCUGGUCAGCAUGCUUCCCAUUGCAGAUGUUCAGCACUGUCUCUUGUAGCAGUCAUAAGUUAAAAAGCUAUCUAGCUUUUUUUUUUUAAACAAAUUAAAAUACAUACGAACUAGAAUGAUUCAGCUUGUUCUUUUAGUGUUUGAAUCUCAUGGGGGCAAAAGCCUAACUAUAAAACAGUUUAGUGCUAGAAUUAAUUUGAAAAAAUUAGUAAUUAGUUAAUUACUAAUCGUAAUAAUUUUUCCCUAGGAUACAUGUAAAUGGCUUUAUCAUAUAAUAAAUCCACAGAUUACUGUUACAUAUCAGUGUUCUGGACACACCAAUUUAACCUACUGAUAUAUUAAAAAAAAAAAGAAAAAUAUUUUACUGUAGUGCUGCCUGUGAGCGUUCCUACAUGUCAGGAUUUUGAAUCAGUUCACUGGGAUCGGUCCCUGCAAUUUUUUUUUUUUUUUUUUUUUUUAAGUAUUCUAUUUCCAUGGUAAAACUAUUAGGUUUUUUAGAUUUCCUAAGAACCUGCUCUCUCGUCUGUGAGGAUACGCUAAGAAGCAAGCGUGUAUGGCUUUUAGGGCAGUUGCAAUUAGUUGUAGUAAGCAGGACAGUUAAAAUUCAUCGGCCUACUGAAGAUAUCAGGGCAUAUGGCAAAGGCAGCUCUUUAGCGGUCUUACUGAGUAAGUUGUGAUCUCCUGUAAGUAAAUGGUAAUACUGGACUGAAACAACCUUGGUAAAUGUUGAAGGCUCAUUUUGUUUAGAUAAUUAUCUAAUUUUGAAGUGUCUUGUUUUCAAUUUUACACUUUUCAGCUUUUUCAAUUUUUACAACAUAGGAAUAUCUUUAACUCGGAAUGUCUCUACAUCAGUUUUUACUAGAGCCAAUCACCUGCCAUGCAUGGAACAGAGACCGUACUCAGAUUGCCAUUAGUCCUAAUAAUCAUGAAGUCCACAUCUACAAGAAGAGCGGGAACCAGUGGGUAAAGGCUCAUGAGCUAAAGGAACACAAUGGACACAUUACAGGUAUUGACUGGGCUCCCAAAAGCGAUCGCAUUGUAACUUGCGGUGCAGACCGUAAUGCCUAUGUCUGGAGUCAGAAGGACGGCGUGUGGAAACCAACCCUUGUGAUCCUGAGAAUUAAUCGCGCAGCCACCUUUGUGAAAUGGUCUCCCUUGGAGAAUAAAUUUGCUGUGGGCAGUGGAGCUCGACUUAUAUCUGUGUGCUACUUUGAAUCUGAAAAUGACUGGUGGGUGAGCAAGCACAUUAAAAAGCCCAUUCGUUCCACUGUCCUUAGCCUGGACUGGCACCCCAACAAUGUUUUGCUGGCUGCUGGAUCCUGUGACUUCAAGUGCAGGGUGUUUUCUGCUUACAUUAAGGAAGUGGAUGAAAAACCAGCCAGUACACCAUGGGGCUCCAAAAUGCCUUUUGGGCAGCUGAUGUCAGAAUUUGGGGGUGCUGGAAGUGGUGGAUGGGUGCAUAGUGUCAGUUUUUCUGCCAGCGGUAACCGCCUAGCCUGGGUCAGUCAUGAUAGUACUGUGUCAGUUGCCGAUGCCUCAAAAAAUAUGAUGGUUUCGCAGCUGAAAACAGAGUUCCUCCCACUCCUGAGUGUGUCGUUUGUUUCUGAGAACAGUGUGGUGGCAGCUGGCCACGACUGCUGCCCGAUGCUCUUUAACUGUGACGACCGUGGCUUGUUGACCUUUGUUUCCAAACUAGACAUUCCAAAACAGAGCAUCCAGCGCAAUAUUUCUGCUAUGGAACGCUUCCGAAACAUGGAUAAAAGAGCCACUACAGAAGAUCGUAACACUACCCUGGAGACACUGCACCAAAACAGUAUAACCCAAGUGUCUAUUUAUGAGAUAGACAAACGAGAUUGUCGUAAAUUCUGCACCACCGGCAUUGACGGAGCAAUGACCAUCUGGGAUUUCAAGACCCUAGAGUCCUCUAUUCAAGGUCUACGAAUCAUGUAAAGAUGGAUUUCCGUGAUCUAGCAGGACAAACUGCUUGACAGAACGCAGCUCCCGCAUCUGCACAAACCUGAAAAGGGAGGAGGAAGGUGGAAUAUUUGGAAACACUGACAAAAUACAGCUUGGCAGAUUUUCUUUUGAAUCUAAAUUUGGUGAAUUGUGUUGGUUUCAAAAUCAGCUGUGAUUGUUCUUUUUUUUUUUUUUUUUUUUUUGGUUGGUUGUUUCAUUCCAUUCUUUACCAAAGCUGCUCCUUAAGUAGUUUAUUGCAGGAAGUUAUGAAUCACUAACUUAAAAGGGGAAUUUUAUGUAAAUUGUCU